UUUAUUUUGUUUUCUAGUUAUUUCUAAUAAAAUUAAGGGAGAGAGGUCUUUUAUUCUGGACUACAUCAUCAAAACGGAGUCUAAAAGUAAAAUAUAUUACAUAUAUAAUCUAAGAGUAGAGGUUCUGUAAAUAGAAGCUUGGUAACUCUGUGGUUUCCUGUUUUGAUGGAUGAAGCCUCUUCUCUCGCUGCGGUCAUGUUGUGGCUCUGUACAGAUAAUUGGCUCCGCAGCCAAUGAGAGAGGAGGGAUUCGUGGUUGCCUAGCAACUGCAUCUGAACCGUGAAGCGAGGCGGAUCGCGCGCGCUCCCUCCGGGGGGGGGGGGGUGAUUGCGUAACAGGCGUAGAAGGUGACGCCGGAAACUGAGAAUUUCCCUUCACAAUAAAGUCAGAGGGACGGUUAUUUUUACCAAACGGCAGAACACAAGAAUUACGUGUGAACUCUAAAGAACAUCAGUUCAGUUAGACGCGGUUGAUUUUUAUUUGGUAUGAAUGUGGUGUGGGUAAAAUCUUAAAAAAAAAAAAAAAAAAAAAGUUAUUUCCUCGUGAAGUUUUAUUUUUGGGGAAAACCGGAAAUCCAGGCUGCUUUAUAGGCAGCUCGACAGAUUCCUCGUGCACAGAACAGGUCCCAUCAUCAGCAUCAACACGAUGACACACUCGGGCCCCGCGAUGCGCUUCUCUCUGCUCAGCCUCCUCCUGUGGCUGCAGCUCGGCACGGCUCCGGCCCGCAGCCCCCGCACGGUGGACCAGGUGUCCGAGGCCGACAUCCAGCGGCUGCUGCACGGCGUCAUGGAGCAGCUGGGCAUCGCCAGGCCCCGGGUGGAGUAUCCGGCCCACCAGGCGACCAACAUCGUCGGGCCCCAGAGCAUCCAGGGAGGUGCACACGAGGGGCUGCAGCACCUCGGCCCUUAUGGAAACAUCCCAAACAUUGUGGCUGAGCUGGCGGGCGACAACGUUCCCAAAGACUUCAGUAACGACCACGGAUACCCAGACCCUCCAAACCCCUGUCCCCUGGGGAAGACAGCGGCAGACGGCUGUUUGGAAAACGCUCCGGACACGGCCGAGUUCAGCAGAGAGUUCCAGAAACACCAGCAUCUGUUUGACCCAGAGCACGACUACCCAGCUCUGGCCAAGUGGAACAAGGAACUUCUGUACCAAAAGCUGAAGGGAGGACCGAAGAGAAGAAAAAGGAGUGUCAACCCGUAUUUAAUGGGCCAGAGGCUGAACAACGUGGUCGCCAAGAAAUCUGUUCCUCACUUCUCAGAGGAAGAGGAGGAGCGGGCGCCGACCGUCUCUGCUGCCGCCGCCAAAUCCACGACCUAAACCCCUGCAGCCGCAGCACUCACUGUAAUAUUAAAGUACACAUACAAGUUUUAACACCGCAUGUUUUAAGUAUUUUGGUUGAAAGCAUUGAAAUAGAGAAUUCACUGGAGGCACACUGAAAUAAGAAAUGGAAAAAAUGGAUAAAGGAUGAGAAAUUUGAAAGGGUUUUUUAUUUUGAUUGACCCAAUUCACUAAUCAGGCACAACAUAUGGUCUUUACUUUUAACACGUGGGAAUUAUAAUCUGACUCCCACAGAAACUACUAAACGAUUGUUUUUGUCGACUGCAUUCGCUCCCUGCUCCUCCUGUAGAGAUGCAGUAUCACCUGGUAUAGUCAGUUACACACACAGGGGUUUCUGAUUGGUCAAACUCUUAAAAUAUCGCUCCGUCGCCACAAUGCCAGUUGCUAGGACAACAUUUAAUUAUCCGAGCUGCCUUAUCAGGAAAGUUUCCACCUGCGCUCUGGUGCUGCAGCGUACCUCCACCCUCAGUGACCUUGGAAGAUAACGAAGAGUCUGCAGGUCAACAUGAUCUUUCUCUUCUCCACCGUCACUAAAUGCAUCAUUGGCUUUGUUGAAUAUAUAAAUUAAAUGAGCGCCGGUUUCCUUCAACACUAAGGUCACUGAACGGUUACAAACAACAAUCAGCUUCUUUUAAUGGGUUUUACAAUUUAGUUCGAUAUCUUUUUUUCUUUCACCGUUAAUUGAUCAUAAAGAAACACAGGACAUCAAGAGUCAAGUGAAUAUUUUCAAACUGAUUAGUUUUCUGAACAGCAGAAAAAAACCCAUCAAAUAUCUGAUGAACCCAAACCUGGGGUCAUUUAGAGAAAGGAAGUGGUUUUCAGUAUAAAUCCAGGAGUGUAAAAUAAUCCCAUUGCCUUAGAUUCAACCCAAAAUAAGAGAAUGUGUGGUGUUAAAAACAAACCUGACAGUGUACAACAUAUCUACAACUGUAUUAUAUAAGUUGUAUAAAGAUAUAUUGAUUUGGAGGAAUGUUGAAUCAGUAAGAUUAUUAUUCACAACUGUAAAAAGAUCAAUUAACUCACUGAUGUUUAGUUUUUUAUGUCAUGAUAUGAACAGUCAAUCACCUUGGUGUCUUGAAGCAAAGAUUCAAUAUAUUCAUAGAAGUUAAUAAGCUUUGUUCUCUCCUGUGUAAGGAAUCAUUAUGAAAUGUUUCACUGUAGCAUGUAAACAACAUUAUUCAGACUGGGAUCUAUCCACUUCUCUAAACUGUAGUAAACAGGAGUCUCCACGGGCACUGGAAUCUCUCUCGGGUCACUUUAUGUUGCCAAAUGUGUUUUUGUUGUUCUGUAAAGUCAAAUAAACGAUUUAUCUGCAUUGACCAAG